UACGGCGCAAGCUCGCGGACCAGACUGGCUGUCUCGAUAAAAGGAGACCCUCCGUUGAAUUUGUGCUCUGCUCUCCGAUACUCUGGGACGGAGCCAAGUCGCACCCGGUGAGAUGCGGACCAUUCUACUGACGACGCCCCCCCUUCCCGCAGCGUAUCUGACUGCGACCCUCCUACACUACGCUCUACUAAUAUGUCUUUCAGCACACGAUCCGGACCGAUCGCGUCCAGGUACUGCUCGACACUGGCCCUUCAAGACCCAGUUUUGUUGCUUUGUUGACGUGGUGAUCUUUACCAAGAGAGGUAUGACCACCCGCCUUGAUGGCCUGCCGAGAACAGCGCCAACACCACGCACCCGGGAUCUCAACCACCUAAUUAAUCUUGCAUUUCCUCUCGGCCCGAGGCCGUUGCUGCGUAUGUUGGCUCCCAUCCAGAGCUGCACAGUCCAGCUCGUGUCUGUCAGCAUCAUCGUAGCGCCCGAGAAGCACAAGUCGACCUAUCUUGCGCCUGUUGCGCUGAAAAUUGCGUUCACGACCAAAAGAAUGUCGCCCUGCAAGGAACAUGAACUCACGUGUUCCGGGAUGGAAGUUGAUGGUGUCAAGUUCCGGGCUGUGUCUGGCGAAGGAGACGGCCAGCAGUCUUCGUGAGCUGGCCAGAAAAGGAGAGAGCCACAAGAAAGUUGCACAAUAGUACUCGGAGGUCAAGGAUAGGUACCUAUGUCUUCCGAUCUGGUUUCCUGUAUUUGCUGCACGUCCUUGGCC